AUCUUACAAACAAAACAAAACACCCACAUAAACCCUAGGUACUUUGUUUGCAAUAAAAUCUAUUCUAAUCUAAUCUCAUCUCAUCUCAUCUCAUCUCAUCUCUUGCAUAAAUUGAUUCACAUUUCUCGCCGAUUUGUGGUUUCUCAUUACCACGUCAAUGUGCGACUGCGUGCUCCUCUGUUUAUGGCGAUUCCAUUCUCACCCGCCGUAUUAGCCACUCAGAAUAUCUGCCGCCGCCGCGCAGCCACAACCUGCGGCACUGUUUCUCGCAAUGGUAAAACCCCUCAAACCCAUCCCAAUUCCAUAUCCAUUUUCAUUUCCUACUCUUCGAUUUGCGCGCUGUCGGUGUCGAUACCUCAAUUAUUCCUCGAGGCAGGAGCUGGAGAAUCCCGGCGUUUCAAAUCUGGUGAAUAGAGUGUGUAACAUACUGUCGAAUCCGCAGGAGCCUUGGUGGAAGAGCUCGGAGCUCAAAUCCUUGUCUCGGAAGCUGAAACCCCACCAUGUUGCGAGAAUAAUCGAAUCCCGACGCAACAGCAGCACCGAUUCUGUGCUGGGAUUUUUCUAUUGGAUUUCUAAGACGUAUCUCUACAAACACGAUAUGAACUGUUAUAAGUCUAUGCUGAACAGGCUUGUUAAGGAUAAGAAUUUCGCACCGGCGGAUCAUGUAAGGAUUCUGAUGAUCAAAUCAUGUAGGGAGGAGGGAGAGAUUAGGGGAGUUGUUGAUUUCUUGAGUGAGAUUAGUAGGUUAGGAUUUUCAUAUAGUUUGUAUACUUUUAACACUCUUUUGAUUCAGUUAGGGAAGUUUGGUAUGGUGGAUGGGGCUUGGGAUGUGUAUAGGCUACUGUUGAACAGCGGGAUCAGACCCAACCUAUUGAGUUUGAAUACCAUGAUAAAUAUUUUGUGUAAGAAGGGAAGAGUUGAGGAGGCUAAGGCUAUAUUGGAUCAGAUAUAUCAGUACGAAUUGUCCCCGGAUGUGUUCACUUACACUUCCUUGAUUCUCGGGCAUUGCCGGAACCUGGAUUUGGAUAAAGCAUUCAAGCUAUUUGAUCAGAUGGUAAACAAGGGGAUUGAUCCGAAUGCAGUGACGUAUACUACUCUUGUUAAUGGAUUAUGUGAUGAUGGGAAGGUUGAUAUGGGUUUGUCGCUGAUUGAAGAAAUGAUUGAGAGUGGCAUCAAUCCAACUGUGUAUACUUACACAGUUCCCAUCACAUCAUUGCUUGCAAUUAGGCGUAUAGAUGAUGCUCUCUCUCUUGUUCCUAGCAUGAAAGAGAGAGGUUGCCAACCCAAUGUGCAGACCUAUACUGCUCUGAUAAGUGGUUUGGCAAAAUCCGGCUGGUUUAAAAUUGCAGCCGGGCUGUACCACAAAAUGUUGAGGGAUGGAUUGGUCCCUACAAAGGUCACAUAUAAUUCUCUGAUAAAUGAAUUGUGUGAGAGAGGGAGAGUGGAUAUUGCAUAUAGAAUCUUCAAUUGGAUGGAGCAACACGGUUACUUGACAAAGAGUGAAACUUACAAUGCCAUGAUAAAGGGUUUGUGUGCAAUCGGAAAUGUUGAAAGGGCAAUGAUUCUGUUUGGUGACAUGUUGAAGUUGGGUCCACCUCCAAAUGUGGUUACAUAUAACACGCUCAUCAAUGGAUAUGUUAAACGUGGCUACCUGGACAAUGGAAGGAGAUUGAUGGAGGUUAUGAAAGAAAAUGGAUGCAAGCCUGAUGAAACGACUUAUGCAGAGCUUGUUACAGGGUUUUGCAAGGGGGGUGAACUCGAUGAGGCCUAUGCUCUGUUUCAGGAAAUGAUGGUGCAAGGUUUGAGCCCAAAUUUGGUGAAUUAUACAUCAUUGAUUGGUGGCCUAUGCCAGAAAGGGAGCAUUGAUGUAGCAUUGGAUAUAUUUCAGAAGAUGCAGGAGAGCGGUUGUCGACCAGGUAUCGAGACUUACAAUGCGAUUCUUAAUGGUUUCUCUAAACAUAUUAGGUUACCUGAAGCAGAGAAACUAUGUGAUAAGAUUGUAGAAAGUGGGCUGCUUCCUAAUGUCAUUACGUACACAACAUUAAUUGACGGGCUGUGCAGAAAUGGUGGAACAAAUGUGGCUUUCAAAAUUUUCCACAUAAUGCAGAACAAGAAUUGCUUGCCAAACUUGUAUACCUAUAGCUCAUUGAUGUACGGUCUAUGUCAGGAAGGCCGGGUUGAUGAUGCCAUGGUCUUGUUCGAAGAAAUGAUGAGCAGAAAUUUGCAUCCAGAUGAGGUCACAUAUACCUUGUUGAUGGAGGGGUUUGUAUCUCUCGGACGAACAGAUGAUGCAUUUUUAUUGCUGCAGAGAAUGAUACAUGCAGGAUGCCAUCCAAAUUAUCGGACGUUUUGUGUCUUGCAGAAAGGACUGCAAAAGGACUGCCAGAUGAUUGCCGGAAAGAUUGCUGUCCAGCACCAAACCGUACAUUGUCAUACUUUACAAGAGGAACAAUUUACGUUUGAUACCUUAACCCAACUCUUAGUUAAAAUGUCGGAGAUGGGCUGUGAACCCUCUAUCGAUACAUAUUGCACCUUAAUUGCUCAAUUGUGCCGCAGUGGGAAAAGCUACAAGGCAGAUGAAUUGGUCAAGUAUAUGGAGCAGAAAGGAGUAUGCCCCAAUGAGGCAAUAUAUUGCUCCCUCCUCACUGCUUAUUGUAAUGAUUUGAGAGUUGAUGAUGCUUUAGAUAUGCUGAAUUUGCUAACUGGAAGAGGUUUCAAGCUCCCAUUGUCAAUUUAUGCUGCGGUCGUGUGUGGACUAUACAAGGGAAAACGAACACAAGAGGCCGAGCAGGUGUUCAUAGACAUGCUUAAGAAACAAUGGAACAGUGACGAGAUUGUUUGGACUGUCUUGAUUGAUGGCCUACUCAAGAAGGGUGAAUCUAAAGCGUGCUUAAAUCUUUUUGACGUGAUGAAGUCUAAGAGCAUCCCUAUUAGUAUGCCGACACAUGUGAUAAUGGCAAGGGAAUUAUCCAAAACAAAAAAGUUGAUCAAUGAGGAGGGAGUUGCUGAUACAUUGCAAGUCCUAGCCGACCAACAGACAGGAUAGCAUUUCCUGUGAGGCUUAAUGUGGAUGACUCAUUAUUGCCUUGUGGUAAAUACUUCCGACUUGAUGUCCUUCCCUCCGAAUGGGCUACAUACUGAAGAAGUAUCUAAAGCUCACCGGCUUGGAACACACCUAUAUAUGGCUGACAACUACUUCGGAGAGCCGUGUUGAACCAGCCAAGCCAAGAUUCGAUUGUUCAAUGCUCUAAGACUAAGUGGCACUCCAGAAAGUGGAUUGGAAUACUACACUACAUGGGCAAAACCGUACACAACGGUAUGUAAAUAGCGACAAGCACCGUAUAGAUCAACCCAAUAUUCCAAUUUUGAUUAGUUAGCUUGCUAAAUUUGUGAAUAGGGAGGGAGUGGGGUAUUAGUAUUAGAUGAUGAUUAUGAUGAUUAUUAUUUUUACAGUUAUAGUUAUUAUUUGGGGGGAUCCAAAGUUAUUAUUGGGGGAUUAUAACUUUGAUGAAGCAAGGACAAGGGAUAAUUCGAAAAUUUUCUUUCUUAAUUGAAGAACUUGACUUAACCAAAAUGUAUAUAUUUCCCUUUGAGGCAGCCAUUUAAUUGGGUGGGAUUGUUUGGUGUGUUUGGAUGUAGAUAGAUAGAUAGAUAGAUAUGCAGAAUCAGAUGAAUUGAAAGAUAGUCGAGGAUGACAAUGAGUAUACUCCACCCGACCCGAUCUAUUUAUUUGAGGUCGGAAUCAAUUAUUCGAGUAUAGGAUUGGGUAUAGCUAGGAUUUUGUAUACCCUAAUCAGGUCAGGGUUGGAUCCAGGGUGUAAUGUGGAGCCAAUACAGACCUGCAUCUAACUCGGACUAAUAUAUCAAUAAUAUAUUAAUUAUAUAUAUUUUUUUAAUUUUUUUAAAAAAUAUAUAAUUAUAUUAAGAUAUAUAUAUAUUUUUGGUUUGAUUUAUUUAUUAGAAUUUUAUUAUAAUAUUUUUAAUACAAUACAUAAAUUUUAAUAUAUGUUUGAAUAUUGGGUUAAGUUCAAUUUUGAGUUAAAUUUGUUAAACUUACGAAAGUAUCGUGAGUGUGUCAAAUUCAUCGGGUCUUAUUGGGCAUAUUUUGGGUUGGAUCCGGGUAUAUAGUUAGGUUUGGGUAUUAUAAGAUUUGCUUUAGAUCUUGAGUCUGUACAUGGUGUUUGGCAAAUAGCAUUUUUAAGAGUUUUAGCUUAUUGAAUAGCUUUGACCUGUUUGACCAGUUAAAAAGUUAAUUUAGUGUUUGGUAAAUUAGUUUUUUGGAAUAGUUUUUUUACGCAAAAAGUUAAUGUAUGAAAAGUUAACUAAAUAGUUUUUUCUUUAUGCCCUUAAAAAUUUAUUAUAUAUUUUGAUUAUUUAUUAAUUA